AUUUUCUAGAAGCAAUUCUUAAACCUUUUGUGAUACAAGGCUUUUUCUUUUUCGAUUUUAACUUGACUAACGGAAAUGCAUGGUUAAAAAUUUCAAUAUUUUCACAAUGAAAUGAAUGCAGAGCAUUUACCUUCAGCAAAAUCGUUCUUCAAUCAAAUCUAGAGCAAACUUGUGAAAAAACAAUACAAAUCAAAGCACAACACUGGAUGGUGGAGUUGCAACAAAUAAAUAUUUUCACAUUUUAAGGGUAGGUCCUGGGUGUCCAAGUGAAAUGUAGGUAGAGCAAUCUUGCCCAAACAAUAGGGAUUCAGUAAUUGGGUAGAAACGGCCAAAAAUUGAGACGCACACAAUAGAAAAUGAGUAUUUGAUUAUGAUCAUUAAUGACAUAACCUAAUGACGUUAUGGUUUGUGUUUGUGUCAAAUGUUUGUGUGCCUCUUGUCGGCCAUAUUUGUGUCACGUGUUUUGGAUAGUCUAAUUAGGCAUUCCAACGACCUGUCAAAAAGUGCGUUGUGGCAGAAGUACAUUAUCCCGUAUAUGAGAGUAUGUAAUUUAAAGCUUUUUAAAGUGCAUUUUGUGGUUGUUUUGUGAAUGAACUCUGUUUAUUUUUUUAUUUUAUUGACUUCAUUAGUGUUUCUUCCAAUUCAAAAAGGCCACAAACGGGUCUUGAAGUUGAUUGUGGAAGUAGUUUCAACAAGGUAUCAGAUUAUGUGGAAUUGUUGGCAAGCAUCACCAUCGCUGAGGCCAUCUUUUAAGGAUUUGCGAGAAACUUUUGAUAAAUUAUUAGAAUCUGAAACGCAAUACAUAAACUUGGAAGAUGCUAAAAAAUUGGACUUCAGCCAAUAUGAAAAUUUAAAAUCUGAGGAAAAUAUUUCCGAACGAUACAUAGUGAGAAAUGGAAAUAUUUUGUAAGAUGCCAUAUAGUUUCACUUCUAUAAAGUAUUACAUUUACCAUAAUGGAAGCAAAUAAAAGUGUACCUAGAUAUAAUAGAUUUUUUUUUUAACAAAAGCACUAAAUUUAUUUAACAAAUUUAUGUACAUGGCACAAUAAAAAAAAACAUUUAGAAUUUAUUGAACUUAUUACGAGCGUUCUGGUUGGAGAAUUUCGCCAAUUUGGUGGGAGCUCCACGGAAUUCGCUGGUUAGACCAGCGCAACCAGUUACAUUCUCAACAUCAUCACAUGCAUUAAUCAAAUCGUUAAAGGCAAGUCCUUCUCCGCAGUUAUACAGACGAGGUUUGCUUUCGAUACAGAUGAAGUACCUUUGACAGUCUUGUGGAGAACGGAAAAAACGGUACUCCUCAGGGCCCAGUCCAAAUUGUCUGGCAUCGGGUGGACAAGUGAAUCCCAAAUAGGCUGA